AUGCACCUGAUCACGCACAAUCUUCUUGCCCGCAACGCAAAAGGCUGCACAACAAACAGCUUCCCGCUCGCGUUCCGCGAUGCCCAUGGCCAGGUCGAGAUCCAGGAGCAGGACAUCAACCCCGAUUUCGUAUGCAAUGUGCUACCACGCCUCGAGUGGAAGGCGCUCAUUGAUGCUGCGUGUCAGGUAGGCGACGAAUCGCUACCAGCAGAGCAGCCUAAUAUGACGGAUGACGAGCUGGUGCAGAAGCUACACUACGUACUCAUGGAGAUCCACAUCACCGAGGGCGCAAUGGUCUGCUCCAACUGUGAACACAUCUGCCCCAUCUCGAACAGCAUUCCGAACUCGAAACCGGAUCCCAAGGACUCCAUGGAGUAUUUUUCCACCUUGCCCGUUGCACACCUCGCAGACAUGACGGAUGGUAAUGGUCACGUUAUGUACGGUGCGAACAGCGUCGCAAAAAAGCGUGCUCGGGUUGAUUGA